CGGUCUGCGUCUGCGCGCAGUUCAAAACAGGUUGAAAAAAUAAAAACGAGACCCAGUGCUCAAAAGAGGGGAACACUAAAAAAACCCUAGAAGGCAACCCAACAACAAACACCGUUGUACUCGUGAGUGUCUUUGUGUUGUGUCCAAGAAAAAGAUAAAGAAACAUAAAAGAAGUAAAAACAAAAAAAACUGCAACAAGAAACGUUUAAAUAAAUUGUUCACAAUUGUGCAUUUUUUACGAGUCGUUUGUAUCAUCCCCAUGCCAUUGAGCAAUUGGCUAAGAGGCAUUUUUUGUUUUCAAUAAGGAAUAAAUAAUUAAAUUUUCCAAAAAUUUAACAAAACAGAAAAGGAAACCCGAACCCGACAUAGACCCCUUAACAUAAUGUCCACCAGUCCAUCUUCCUGCGAUUGUUUAGUGGGCGUGCCUACGGGCCCCACCCUCGCCUCCACCUGCGGCGGCAGCGCUUUUAUGCUGUUCAUGGGCCUCCUGGAGGUCUUCAUACGCUCGCAAUGCGAUCUGGAGGAUCCGUGCGGACGGGCCAGCACGCGGUUUCGAUCGGAGCCGGAUUACGAGUACGAUUUCAUUGUCAUUGGCGGCGGUUCGGCUGGCUCUGUGGUUGCCUCACGUCUCUCCGAGGUGCCCCAGUGGAAGGUGUUGCUGAUCGAAGCCGGUGGCGAUGAACCGGUGGGUGCACAGAUACCCUCCAUGUUCCUGAAUUUCAUUAGCAGUGACAUUGACUAUCGCUACAACACGGAGCCCGAGCGUAUGGCCUGCCUGUCCUCCAAGGAGCAGCGUUGCUACUGGCCCCGUGGCAAGGUCCUGGGCGGCACUUCGGUCUUGAAUGGCAUGAUGUACAUACGCGGCAAUCGCGAGGACUACGACGAUUGGGCGGCACUGGGCAACCCAGGCUGGAGCUACAAGGAUGUGCUGCCGUUCUUCAAGAAAUCAGAGGACAAUCUCGAACUGGAUGCCGUGGGCACCGAAUACCAUGCCAAGGGUGGUCUGCUGCCAGUGGGCAAGUUCCCCUACAAUCCGCCACUCUCCUAUGCCCUGCUGAAGGCCGGCGAGGAGAUGGGCUACUCUGUGCAGGAUCUAAACGGACAGAAUUCGACGGGAUUCAUGAUUGCCCAGAUGACGGCCAGGAAUGGCAUUCGAUAUAGCUCUGCCAGGGCUUUCCUCAGGCCCGCACGCAUGCGCAACAAUCUGCAUAUCCUGCUGAACACCACCGUGACCAAGGUGCUCAUCCAUCCGGGCACCAAGAACGUUGUGGGCGUGGAGGUCAGCGAUCAGUUUGGCAGCAUGCGCAAGAUCCUGGUCAAGAAGGAGGUCAUCGUCAGUGGUGGUGCCGUCAACUCGCCACAGAUCCUGCUGCUGAGUGGCGUGGGACCCAAGGAGGAUCUGCAAAAGGUGAAUGUCCGUUCAGUGCAUCAUCUGCCGGGCGUGGGCAAGAAUCUGCACAACCAUGUGGCUUACUUCACGAACUUCUUCAUCGAUGACGCGGACACGGCGCCCCUCAACUGGGCCACGGCCAUGGAGUACUUGCUCUUCCGCGAUGGCCUAAUGUCGGGCACUGGCAUCUCCGAUGUCACCGCUAAGAUUUCCACCCGCUGGGCGGAUCGUCCCAAUCUGCCCGAUCUGCAGCUCUACUUUGGCGGCUACUUGGCCGGCUGUGCCCGCACCGGGCAGGUGGGCGAGCUGCUCUCCAACAGCUCCCGAGCCAUACAGAUGUUUCCUGCUGUACUCAAUCCGAAGUCGCGGGGCUACAUUACCCUGCGCUCCGCCGAUCCAAUGGAUCCUCCACGCAUCUUCGCCAACUAUCUGACGGAUGAGCGCGAUGUCAAGACCCUGGUGGAGGGCAUCAAGUUUGUCAUAAGGCUAUCGCAGACCUCGCCCCUGAAGCAGUACGGCAUGCGGCUGGACAAGACGGUGGUGAAGGGCUGUGAGUCGCACACCUUUGCCAGCGAUGCCUACUGGGAGUGCGCGGUGCGUCAGAACACUGGGCCGGAGAAUCAUCAGGCGGGCUCCUGUAAAAUGGGUCCCUCCCAAGAUCCCAUGGCGGUGGUUAAUCACGAGCUGAGGGUCCAUGGUGUGCGUGGACUUCGUGUGAUGGACACCAGCAUUAUGCCCAAGGUGACGGCGGGCAAUACCCAUGCCCCAGCGGUCAUGAUUGCGGAGAAGGGCGCCUACCUGCUGAAGCGUGCCUGGGGCGCCAAGGUCUGACGUGUGGAUGCGACGUGGACGUUGCAUAGAGUAAUUUAAUGCAAAAAUUUCAACGAAACACACAAAUUACUACAAAUUCAAAUUUAAGCGAAAAUUAUUAUUAAGGAAACUCGAACCUUUUUCCACGUAUUACCUAUUAUAAAACCCAAUUUGGCCCGUUCCAAUCCGAUCCCAAACUCCAACUCUAAGCACUCUGCGUUGCGCGAUCUACGACUCUGACAAUGCCCUCGAUAAGUUUAACCAUUUAACUGUACUUUACUACUCGUAUUAUUUAAACUAAUUCUUGUGAAAAUCCACCCAUUGAAAUAACCAAAUUUCGUAUGCCACUCUCUCUGUCUCUCUCUAUAUGUAUAAUGCAUGUAUUUAUUGUUCGAUUAAAGUGCAACAACUAUUUAGUUUA